AUGUCCACAUCAAAAAAUUUUGCGGAUAAAGUAGUGCUGAUCACCGGUUCGAGUGGUGGUAUCGGCGCCGUCACUGCCGUCGAGUUCGCCCGAUAUGGGGCUCAAGUGGUGAUCACCGGUCGUAAUGCCGACAACUUGUCAGAAGUGGCCAAACAAUGUGCAGCCGUUUCGCCCAAAGGCCUGAAACCACUGGAAGUUUUGGCAGACGUGAGUAAAGACGUCGACUGUAAACGACUGAUUGAUAGUACGAUCAGUGCAUUCAAACGGUUGGAUAUUUUGGUGAACAACGCGGGGAAAGGAGUUUUUAGUCCAAUCAUUGAUAAGGAUAUUCUCAACAAAUACCGGGAUUUGAUGGACACAAACCUGCGUUCAGUCGUCUAUUUAACACAUCUAUCGGUCGAACACUUGGAGAAAACUAAAGGCAAUAUAAUUAAUAUAUCGAGUGUUGCGGGACUUAAACCGUCGGCCGGAGGUUUUCUCUACUGUAUGUCAAAGUGUGCACUCGAUAUGUUCACUCAAUGUCUGGCUCUAGAAUUGGGCCCAAAAGGGAUUCGCGUUAAUGUUAUCAAUCCGGCGGCCGUCAGGACUAACUUCCUUCAGGUCAUGGGCUUAACUAAAGAAAAAGCAGAAGAACUGUACGUUCAAAUGGACGGUAAAUACCCGGUCGGACGGGUCGGUGAGUCCAUAGACAUCGCGAACGCCAUACUCUUCUUGGCCUCAGACGAGGCCUCGUUUGUGACGGGAAUUCAAUUUGUGUCGGACGGCGGGGCUCUCAACGCUCCGAUGAUUAAAAUAGUUUUGAUCACCGGUUCGGGCGGUGGUAUCGGCGCCCGAAUUGCCGUCGAGUUCGCCCGAUAUGGGGCUCAAGUGGUGAUCAAUGAUCGAAAUGACGACAACUUGUCAGAAGUGGUCAAACAAUGUGCGGCCGUUUCGCCCAAAGGCCUGAAACCACUGGAAGUGUUGGCAGACGUGAGUAAAGACGUCGACUGUAAACGACUGAUUGACAGUACGAUCAGUGCAUUCAAACGGUUGGAUAUUUUGGUGAAUAACGCGGGCAGAGGUAUGCGCUGUCCGAUCACUGAUACGGCUAUUCUCGACAAAUACCGGGAAGUAAUGGACACAAACCUCCGUUCAGUCAUAUAUUUAACACAUCUAUCGGUCGAACACUUGGAGAAAAGUAAAGGCAAUAUAAUUAACAUAUCGAGUAUUGUGGCACUUAAACCGAUGUCCACAGCGUUUCUGUACUGUAUAUCAAAGUGUGCACUCGAUAUGUUCACCAAAUGUCUGGCCCUAGAGUUGGGUCCAAAAGGCAUUCGCGUUAAUGUUAUCAAUCCGGGUGCCGUUAGGACUAAUUUCCUUCAAGUCGUGGGCUUAACGAAAGAGCAAUCGGAGGCCCGAUAUAAGGAAAGGGGUGCCAAAUACCCGGUCGGACGGGUCGGUGAGUCCAUAGACAUCGCGAACGCCAUACUCUUCUUGGCCUCAGACGAGGCCUCGUUUGUGACGGGAAUCAACUUUGUGUCCGACGGCGGGGCUCUCAACGCGAAUACAUCAUAA